ACCCUAGACACCUAAACCUGGAUUUGCCCUUACAUGUCGAUUUUUUAAAAUUGUGCAAAUUUCGUACUCAAGUUUGACGAAGAAAUACUCCUUCCCGAUAAAAUAAUCUGUCCGCCGGGAAAAUAAACCGGCUGCCGCAUCAUGGAGGGUUUGUUUGUUUGAGUUAUGAGGCUGGGGUUAGCUUUCAAGUGUUUUUGAUAUUUUGGUCGCAAAUGCAUCUGUCAUGGAUCCCUCGAUCCUUCCGCAUGGCGAUCACUAGAGUUUUUCCGGUGCUAGGCUCUGUAAGAAAUAUAUAAUCCUACGCAAUAAUAAAAAUUUGCCCUCCAAGUCUUCGAAUUGGCUCAAUUUGCAAGUUCACAGAUUUGGUCGGUGAAAUCCCGGUGCUCGUUUCGAAUCUUGCGAGAUCCGCGGCUUAAGGGAAUCAAUCCGGCCAGUUUUUCUCUAGCAGGCAUGACUGGACGUGGUGAAAACUGAACAUUUAUUUUAAAAGUUGGCUUAAGUUUUGGGGAAAAUUGAUGCAACUGGCAGCUGCAUGGCUAAUUUUAGGGGCAAAUUGUAGGAGGAGCAGUAAUAUGGUGUGGUUUUGCAAAUGCAGAGCGGUAUUGGAGUCAUUUGCACUGGUCUGUCGGAAUUCGAACAAAACUAAUCAAGUCCGAGGUGAAUUCUGGCUGGAUUGAAGGUUUUGUUGAUUUGAUUUGCAUUUUGUUGUGUUGUGGCUCAUGGCGUCGUCGUCUCCAUUUCUAAUGGAUGAUCAGUCUGAUGCGGAUUUUUUUGAUAAGCUUGUGGAUGAUGACGAUGAUUAUAAAGUUUCUAAUUCUGAAAAUUUGGAAAAUACUACUUCGACUAAUACUGCAGAAAUCGAGCGUGAUGCCGCUUUUAUUGAUAGCACAAGUGAUGCAAUAUCGAAAUUGAUGUUUGAUGCAACAGAAAAUAAUAAAAAGGCGGUGUCUUUUAUUCCAGCAGAAGAAGUUUCAGGAUUAAAUAAGAUCUCACCAAUCGCAAGUGGGUCAACAACUAUAUGUGAUGAAAAUAAGGCUUCUGAUGUCGAGGGUUACAAUAGGGAAGAUGCUCCGUCAGAAGGCUUCUCAUCGGAGCAGAAGCAGUUAUCCUUUGACAAUAUGGUUAAGGAGGAAGUGCUUAUCGAAUCUGCGGAAAAUGCAUUUGCUAAAUCUGGAGCUAAUGAAGAAGUGGACCAUUUUAUUAAUGACACUGACGAUGGGUAUCAGGAGGGCACAAAAUCUGCAGAAAAUGCAUUUGGUAAACCUGGAAAUAAUGAAGAAGCGGGCUUUUCGUUUAAUGGCACUGAUGAUGGAAAUGAGAAGGGCUCAUACUCAUUGGAUUCAAAACCAGAGCAGACAGGAAGCAAGAGUAUUUGUACAAAUGUUAGAGAAGUUCAAUGGACUAAUUUUAACGCAACAGAUAUGCAUUCUGAUGUAGGUGGCUUCGGGUCAUAUUCAGAUUUUUAUGCAGGUUUUCCCAGCGAUUUGACACAGCAAGCAGGGGAAUCAGGGGCGGAUUUUUUCGCAACUGCAAACUAUGAUUCAAAAGGGCAGCCAAUUUCUGAUUCAAAAAUAUCCUAUCCAUCCCAAGUUAUAGAAAAUGGAACCCUCAAUGAUUUGGAUGCUGCUGCUCCUCAGCUACAAGCAAACAGCUUAUCUGAAACCGAGUCAUUUUACCAGUACAACAAUGGGGAGCUUGAAGGGCAUUUUACCAGUUCGGUUUCUCCAGAUCAGUCCCACAGUGCAGGGAAUAGUCAGGAUAAUUAUUUUAGUGAAUGGCAAAAUGAUUAUCCAGGCUGGAGGUAUGAUCAAGCAACAGGAGAAUGGCAUCAAGUGGAGGGGUAUGAAACAACAACUGCAGGCUCAUCUAUUGGGGACGGGCUUAAACAAGAUGAAUCACAGUACAAUUUGCAGUCUACGCAGAGCAGUGUUAGCUAUUCCAGUUGGCAAGUCCAGGGUAGCCAGACUUAUCAUGCUCAGAGUGCUGUGGGAUCGGCUGACCAAGUUGAAUCAAUAAAUACAGAUGCCAAUGCUGCUUCUGGACAUGGAUUUGCAGACCAGACUGCCCCAAAUUGGCAACAGGAGUUACAGAAUACCUCUCAAAAUCAGGAGAAUGUUUAUUAUGAUCCUCAGUAUCCGGGAUGGUAUUAUGACUUUGUCGCACAAGAGUGGCGUCAGGUCGCAGAUUUUAAUCAAAUGGACCAAGGUCUAAUUUCCCAUACAGACCAUAGUCAAAUGGACAAUGGUCAAACAUCCUAUACAGCUGGACCCAUGGAGGUAUCUACUUUUGGUAGCCAACAAAUGUUGCCUGAGCAAACUAAGAUGUUAAAUGGAGAUGAUAGUAGUAGUUAUGCUUAUAAUAAUCCCAGUUUAAAUGGACACGACAAUCAAUUUAAAGGGUUCCAAAUGCAACCCACUCCAACACCGUUGUCAACAUCUUCAAAUGAUUAUUCUAUUAGUAAUGGGCAAUGGAUAAAUUCUAUUCCUCGAGAGAAUGUGUAUGAUGGCAACCAGGUUGGUCAUGUUUCGAUGAAUAAUGUGACUGGAGAAAAGUCAAAUGAUCCACUCAUUGGAAAUAGGGGUACUGUGUACACUAUGGGUCCAAGCAAACAGGGUGACUCAGAUCAGACGGCAAGUUUUUAUGUUCCAAAUUCUACCGUUUACAAUCCAGCUGCAGAUGUACAGGGACAAUUUGAUCAGGCAACCCAUAUCAAUGCUUCAACUUCUGCUCUGUUAAAACCUGCACCAAGAAUACACAGCCAAGUGGAUCAGACAACCCAUUUUCAUGUCUCAAAUUCUAAUCUGUACAAUCUGGAUGCAAGCACCCAGAGCCAGUUUGAUCAGGCAUCCAAUUUUGAUGUUCCAAAUUCUUUUGCAUAUAAUCAAUCUAAUCUAGGAUACACUAGCCAUCAUAGUGACAGUUUUCAAAAUCCAACUUUAUAUAGUAAUCAGCAGGUGGAUCAGAAUAAGGGUUCUCAAGCCAGCCAUGAUCAUUUUGGGAAUAUACAGACAGCAGAUUAUUCUCAUAAUAUGUAUCAGCUCAGUCAACAUUCACAUCAUACACCUCUGAUCAACUCUUCUAUGGAAGCAAGGUCAUCUGAAGGUCGUCCUCUCCAUGCACUGGUGACAUUUGGCUUUGGUGGAAAAAUUGUGGUUUUCAAUCCAAAAAAUAACUUCAGCUUGGCAUCAAACUAUGGUUCUCAGGAUAACAGUGGUGGUGUUAUGACAGUACAUAGCAUGGCACAACUGAUCAAGGAAAACAGUGGCAAUGGAAGUGGAGACAUUGAAAACAACUACUUUGACACUCUCUGCCGACAAGCUUUUUCAAGCCCUCUUGUUGGUGGAAGUGUGGCAAGCAAAGAGAUAUUUAAAUGGAUUGAUGAGAGGAUUGCAAAUUGUGAAUCAUUGGACUUUGGAAAUCCAGAGAUUAUGCGCAUGCUUCUUUGUUCAUUAAAGAUUUUCUGUCAGCACUAUGGGAAACUGCGUUCUGCUUUUGGUAGUGGUGGGGCCUCACAGGAAAUUGAUGGGCCUGAGGCAGCUCUUACCAAGCUCUUUGCAUCUGCAAAAUCAACUGGGUAUGGAUUGAAUACGUUUGGUGUUGAUACAAAGUGUCUACACACUGUGCCAUCUGAAAGCCAAUUACAGUUAACUGCACUUGAGAUGAAGAACCUCCUGGUUGCUGGAAAAAGAAAGGAGGCACUUCUGCUUGCACAGCAAGGUCACUUAUGGGGUCCGGCUCUUGUUCUUGCUUGGCAGCUUGGUCAGCAGUUUUAUGUUGACACCGUGAAACUGAUGGCACAGCAACAGUUUGUGCCUGGAACACCUCUUCGAACAUUAUGCCUAAUUUUAGCUGGGCAGCCAGCUGAAGUAUUUUCCACAAGCAGUUCAGCAUCAUUUUCCAAUUCACAUUCUAGCAAUGCUAUUGGGCUGCAACAGUCAGAUCAGGACUGUAUGAGUGGAAUGCUAAAUGAUUGGCAAGAGAAUCUGGCUAUAAUUGUUGCAAACAGAACACAAGGUGAUGAGCGUGUUAUUGUCCAUCUUGGGGAUUGUCUGUGGAAGGAAAGAGGCGAGGUUGCUGCUGCACACACCUGUUACCUUGUUGCAGAAGCAAAUUUUGAGUACUUUUCAGACAGUGCAAGACUUUGUCUAGUUGGUGCAGAUCAUUGGAAGUUUCCACGGACUUACGCUAGUCCAGAGGCCAUCCAGAGGACAGAAUUGUACGAAUAUGCAAAAUUGCUUGGUAAUCCACAAUAUAUUCUGUUACCUUUUCAGCCCUACAAGCUAAUAUAUGCCCAAAUGUUGGCUGAAGUUGGAAAAGUUUCCGAUUCAUUGAGAUACUGUCAAGCUGUUUCAAAAAUCCUAAAGAAUGCUGGACGUGCGCCUGAAGUUGAGGCAUGCAGACAACUGGCAUCGUCAAUGGAGGAGCGCCUACGCAUUCACACACAGGGAGGAUAUAGCUCAAACCUUGCUGCUUCGAAGUUAGUUGGACGGUUCUUAACCAGCAUUGAUCGGGGCAUCCACAAAAUUAUUGGUGCCCCUCCUCCUCCAAUGCCAUCAGACUCACAAACUAAUCUCCAAAACAGUGAUUUAGAUUCAUUUUCAAGUGUGCCAAAAUCAGCAAAUUCUAUGCCUCAUCUGAUUGCAACACCAUUGAUGCCAUCAGCAUCCAUGGAGCCAAUAAGUGAAUGGACAGGUAAUAAUGGCAAAGCCACAAUGCAGACUAGAAGUGUUUCAGAGCCUAACUUCAUUAGAAGUCCACAAGAGAACCAGUCAAGCUUUCCAAGUUCAAAGGUGGAAUCCUCUCCAUCUAAAACUCAGAGCAUUCCAGCAACUUCUGGUGGACAAAGUCGUUUUGGUCGCUUUGGUUCUCAAAUUUUUCAGAAAGCAGUGGGCCUCAUUUCCAAAGCUACUCACAAUGAGGCUAAACUGGGAGAAAAAAACAAGUUCUAUUAUGAUGAGAAGCUCAAACGAUGGGUUGAAGAAGGAGCACCACCACCACCUGAAGAAAAAGCAUUAUCAGCUCCUCCUACCACUGCAGCUUUCAUUAGAAAUUCACAGACCUCUGAAUCAGGUUAUAACAUAGGCAGUGCCCUUAAUGGUCAAAAUGUUCUUUCUAAUGGAGGAUCUGAAAGCAGAAUCACCUCAUCAUCAGAGCAAGUUUCAGGAAUGCCUCCAGUUCCUCCAAGUAUGAAUCAGUUUUCAGCACGUAAUCGUCUUCAUGGGGUUCGUUCAAGGUAUGUUGAUACUUUCAAUAAAUCUGGAGGGACCGCACCAUCAAAGUCAUUCAAUUCAUCCGUCAUUCCUGCAGCUAGACCAGGAAGAUUGCCUGCUACACCGAACUUUUUUGUCCCUACACCUGCAGCUAUCGAUUCGAACUCUAUAGAGACAACUGAUAUUUCCGAGGAAAAGAGCUCAGAGGCGGCUCACACAUCUGUGGAAAAUGUUCCUAAUGGGCCAACAGAUUUGUGUUUGGAAUCUUCUGGAUCAGAGGAGAAAUUAUCUAAGGGUGCUAGUUCUCUACAGCGGUUUUCAAGUGCUGAUAAUGUUGCACAUUUUGCUAACAAAGGAUCUUUGGAUAGUGAAAAUAGAAGUGUGGCACUUUCUUCUCAUUCAAGGGCUGCUUCAUGGAGUGGUGACUAUCCGAAUUCCUUUGAUAAUUCUAAUGAACGAGAAGCUUUAAGCACUCCAGACAGAAACCAAUUUUCAAGAGUAACGAAUGUGUCAGGUUACUUUUCUUAUCCUACAAAACUAGAUGCAAAGAAGGCAGGAUCGGGUGGUUAUGCUUAUUCAACCCUGCCUUCACCUCCACCUAUCGAGCCUCAACAUUCCUCCACAUCCGUCAAAAAGGCCUUGGUCACUGAUAGAGGAAGUGCAGACAGAAUGUAUAACCCAAUGAGUUAUGGGCCACAAACUGGCUUUCAGGCUGAUGAUUUCGGAGAUGAACUUCAAGAAGUUGCACUCUAAGCUCUAAUUCUUGAGCACAUGGUUGCAGAGAAUGUUUAUUCUUAGACUGCACCUUUGACUGGAAGCAGUUUUAGGUGGACAAUCUUGUAGAAACUACAUUAUAAUGUACUUUACAUCAGAUGCAAUGAGCAAAAGCCAAAUUUGGGAGUUCGCAUUUGGGCUUUCCAAUA